GGCGCCCUGAUUCCUGAAUGGCCCGGUGGCUGGGUUGGUCCUGAAGAGGAAAAGCUGGGCUCCUGACUGCGCAGCAGGUGCUGCCCCUUGGCGCCGGCGAGGGAGGGAGUGAAAAGCGCAGGCGCUUCCGGGAGCGAGCGGGAGCCCUGAGGCCGGAGACCCUCUUCUCUUAGGGUUUGCACCGCCUGCGUCUGAGGAGGAUAGACGAGUCCCCGCGGGCCGGCACCAUGUGGACGCGGCCCGGGGCUGGUUCUCUGCUGACGCUGAUGUUGGUACUGCUCAUCGGUCUCCCGCCGAGCCCAGGACUGAGGUGCCGAGUUCAUGCAGUUGAUUUGAAAAGUAAGGAAACUGCUUUGGAAACUGGGUUCUUCUCUGGAAUUGGUAGUUGGAGAAACUCAACAGUGGGUGAACAUCCGUGGCAGGUCUCCCUAAAACUGAGGGAGCACCUCUUAUGUGGAGGAAGCUUGAUUCAAGGUGAUCUGGUUGUUACAGCAGCACACUGCCUGGCUGGCCUCGAGAAGCAAAUUAAGAGUCUGAUGGUGACUGCUGGGGAGUACAGCCUCUUUCAGAAGGAUAAGGAGGAACAGAAUAUUCCUGUCUCAGAAAUUAUUAUUCAUCCGGAAUACAACAGAUUUGGAUAUAGGAGUUUUGAUAUUGCAUUGUUGUACCUAAACCACAAAGCCAAGUUUGGAACUACUGUUCAGCCAAUAUGUAUUCCCCAGAGAGGUGAUACAUUUGAAGAAGGGAUUCCUUGCAAAGCCAGUGGAUGGGGAAAGAUUUCAGAGACAUCAGAAUAUCCAAAUGUCCUACAAGAAGUGGAAAUUCCCAUGAUGGAUGACAGAACCUAUAAUCCCAUGCUCAAGAGUAUGAACCUUGCUCCCCUGGGAAGGACCAUGUUGUGUGCCAGUUUUCCUGAUGGGGAACAGGAUGCCUGCCAGGGAGAUUCUGGAGGCCCGCUUGUUUGUAGAAGAGAGGAUGGAGUCUGGGUUCUUGCUGGGAUAACUUCCUGGGGAGUUAGUUGUGUUAGAGGUUGGAAUCCUUUAAGGAACAACCAGAGAAGGACAUCACCUGGCAUUUUCUCCAAAGUGUCUGCAUUGAUGGAUUUUAUCAUUCAGACCAUGGUCACAGACUGUAGACUUCAGGGAACAGUGUUAUUUGGAGAAAAUGGGAAGAUUCGUUACCCUCAUUUCAAAGAGAACAACUAUUCUCAUAAUCGCUUAUGUAUCUGGAAAAUAAUAGUACCAGAAAAUAAAAUUAUCUUAAUAAAGUUUACAAGCUUAUACAUAGAAAAUCAAGUUGAAUGUGACCAUGACUAUGUAUCUUUACAAUCAAGCAAUGGAGUGCUCAUUAGUAAGAUCUGUGGAAAUACACUUCCCUCACCAUUGCUGACAGAGGCCAAUGAGGCCACAGUAACAUUUGUUACUGAUGCAGAGAACAGUGGCAGUGGCUUUGAAUUUACUUUUACUGCUGUGCAGAAGAACUCAGAAGCAGGUUCCAGUUGUGGGAGUGUGGCUGUGUUGGUAGAAGAAGGGAUGAUUCACUCUGCUGGGUAUCCUGACUUAUAUCCCAGUAAUGUAGAGUGUCACUGGUUCAUCCAUGCUCCAGAGAGACAUGUUAUAAAGUUGGCAUUUGAAGACUUUAAUAUUGAAUUUAACCAGAACUGUUAUGAUGCUGUUGUGAUUUAUGGUGAUCCUGAAGAGAAACAUGAGCUAGCUAAACUUUGUGGAAUCUUGAACCCUGCUCCAGUAUUCAGUCCUGGUAACAGGAUGGCAAUUCAUUUUAAAAGUGAUGGUGAAAAUAACUUCCGAGGCUUUAAGGCUAGAGUCACCUUUUUGCUCUCAGACUCUAUAAACAAAAUUGGAUCAACAUCAUCUCCCCAAACCAAUUCUGUAUCUUCUGUAAAAGCUAUUCCAUAUAGUGUCUGUGGCCUCCCCCCAUUUGGACCCCAGUGGCUUUCCAGAAGAAUUAGAGGGGGGCAAGAAGCCUGCCCCCACUGCUGGCCAUGGCAGGUGGGUUUGAGGUUUCUAGGCAAUCACCAGUGUGGAGGUGCCAUCAUCAACCCAGUUUGGAUUCUGACUGCAGCCCAUUGUGUACAGUGGAAAAAUAAUCCACUCUUCUGGACAGUUGUUGCUGGAGACCAUGACAGAACCUUGGAAGAAUCCACUGAGCAGGUGAGAAGGGCCAAACACAUCGUGGUGCACGAGGACUUUGACACAGUGACCUAUGACUCUGACAUUGCCCUAAUCCAACUGAGCUCUGCUCUGGAGUUCAACUCAGUGGUGAGGCCGGUAUGUCUCCCACACAGCAUGGAGCCUCCGUUUUCCUCUGAGAUCUGUGUUGUGACUGGAUGGGGAAGCGUUAGUGAAGAUGGUGACCUCGCAAGUCGCUUACAGCAGAUUCAAGUGCCUGUGCUAGAAAGAGAGUUCUGCGAACGUACUUACUAUUCUGCCCACCCAGGAGGGAUCUCGGAGAAGAUGAUCUGUGCUGGCUUUGCAGCAUCUGGAGGCAAAGAUAUCGGUCAGGGAGAUUCUGGUGGACCAUUAGUAUGUAAACAUGAAAAAGGUCCCUUUGUCCUCUACGGCAUUGUCAGCUGGGGAGCUGGCUAUGCCCAGCCAAGGAAGCCAGAUGUAUUUUCCAGGGUGAGUGUCUUCUUGGAGUGGAUUCAAUCCAAAAUCAAAGGUCAUGCUUUACUUCAGAUUAAUAAUGAAAAUGAAACCUUACAAAGACAACAACUGCCACCACCCACAGCUUCAACAGACGCAUCUGGGCCAGGCUGUUACUCUGAAGUGGAGCUUCAGGAACCCAGAGGCUUUUUUUCUUCUCCACAAUACCCACUGGAUUAUCAAGGAAAGCUAGAAUGUUCUUGGGUGCUCAGAGUCUCGCCAAAUAGUAUGGCAAAAUUUACAGUUGAGUAUCUGUCACUCCCUGAGUCUCACAUGUGUCAAGAUUCAGCUCUGACUAUUUAUGAAGAAAACCACAGUGAGAGAAAAAUGUCAGGUGAAUUAUGUGGAAGAAGACUUUACCCAAUGAUUUUCAUGAGCUCCGGACCACUGGUGAGGGUAACAUUUCAUUCCCAUGUGCAAGGUGCUUUUGGCAUACGUUAUAUUGUUUUUAGAGUCCAAGGUCCAAAGGGCAGUAAAAGGACCAAAUUUCUUCAGAGUUCUAAUCAAGAACUGGUGGUCACUUGUGGGGAUGUUAUUCUGACCAAACCAGCAGGAAUCAUACAAAUCCCAAGAUAUUUUCAGAGAACCACUAGGAGCUGCCACUGGAGAUUAUUAGCCCCAUUAAAUCACAUCAUUCGCCUGGAUGUUAUCAACUUCCAGCUGAAACCAGUGCCCUUGGCCUGUCAGGGUCACCUGUGGGUUUAUGAAGGAUUUGGAUCAGACAGAAAAUUAAUAGAGAUCCAGAGGGAUGCAGAAAUCCACGGAGAUGCUCAACAGUUCAAAUCUGUGAAGACUGGCAUUACUGCAGUUCUCCUGGCCUUUUCCUAA